UUCCGCUGCCCCUGCUGGCUCGUCCGCGAUCGUCCCUCCGAGUCUGCCAAAUGGGGCAAAGGCCCGUCUCUCAAAUCCUCGACUCGGAAUUGCCGCCACUGCUCAGGUAUAAUCGCGGCCACCGUCCCAACUUGGUGGAGCAAAUGGAGGCGUCGCUCGCCGUCUUAUAUACCAGUGUACCGUUAUGCAGCUGCGGCCAACUUCACCGCUCCCUGUUUCUGUAGACCCCGUCCAUUGACGAAGCUACUAUGAACUCUGCGGCACCGACAAUCAAGAGCUCCCUUGAGCAGGAGACUGAAAAGGGCGUGUCUCCUCAGCCACUACAAGAAGCUGUUGAUGCCGAGCCGGACGUCGACGAGCCUCCCGAUGGUGGUUUGCAAGCAUGGAUGACCGUUGCCGCUAGCUUUCUCGCCAGCUUCAUGGCGUUUGGUGCUGGGAACGUCUGGGGUGUCUACCAGGACGCGUACAUGAGUGACACCAGCUCGCGCUUCUCCAACGUAACAAGCCUCUUCAAGAUUGGAUUCGUAGGCGGCACGGCGACUGGCUUCGGCUUUGCUGUUGGCCCAUUCGGUAAUGUCCUUGUGUCGCGCUUCGGCAUCCGAGCACCAGUGCUGCUCGGUGUGCUCAUGAUGUCGGUCGCGCUCCAGCUUGCGUCGAUCGCCACAACGUAUUGGGAACUCCUGCUUUCUCAGGGUAUCAUGUUCGGUAUCGGAAGCUCUCUAGCGUAUAUCCCUGCUAUUGGCCUUCCCUCGCAAUGGUUCAACAAGCGUAGAGGACUAGCAACGGGUAUCGCAAGUUCGGGCAGCGGCGUCGGCGCCGUCGUGCUCGCGCCAAUCGUACAAGCCGCCAUCGACGGCCUCGGCAUCCCCUGGGCCCUGCGCAUCGUCGGCUUCCUGUGCUUCUGCUUCGGGAUGCUCGCGCUCGGCCUCCUCCGCCAGCGGACCAACGCGCACAAACGGGUUCAGUAUAAGCUGUUCGAUCUGACCGUGCUCCGAACGCCGACCUACCCAUUCUAUCUCGCCUUCGCGUUCCUCCAGUUCUUCGGCUUCAUCGUGCCGAUAUUCUACAUCCCAGGCUAUUGCACGGCACUGGGCAUCUCGGGCACGAACAACUCUGCGGUUCUGUCCGUGACGGCGGUGGUCAACUCGAUCGGGCGAAUCAUUGCAGGGAGGCUUGCAAACCAGGCGGGCGUCGUGAACGUCCUUAUUGUGUUCAACUUCCUCUCAGGCGUGAUGUGUCUCGCCGUCUGGCUCGUCGCAGAAGACAUUGGGGUCAUGAUGGGAUUCGCCGUCCUCUGGGGCCUGUUCAGCGGUGCGUACUGGGCGUUGGCUGUGCCUGCAUCUGCGAAGAUCAUCGGGAUGGAGCGGCUCGGCUCUGCGGUCGCGAUCCAAUAUCUCAUGAACGUCAUCCCGCCCAUCUUCGCCUCUCCCAUCGGUGCACGGCUCAUCUCGGCGCUACAGAGCGGUGUGUCAGAGGAGAGCCGCGAGGCGUACAGGUACCUUAUCGUGUUCAGUGCGCUCACGUCCGUCGUGGCGUCCCUGCUGCUCGUGCCCGUCAGGCUGCGUUAUAGCCGGCAGUUGAUAGCAAAAGUCUGAUGUGUUCCCAAUGCCGUCGCACGCCAUACAUUGACUACUCACGUCCAUCUUUCAAUGUCCACGAAGUCAUCGAAGUGAAGACAAUCUAUGUGGUACGUCUAG